UAUGUCCUUUCAAAUGAACAUGUAGAGAUUGGAGUUAUGCUCUCUGCGAUGGGUAUCUUCUUCACAGUGUUUGGAUUCCUGAUGUUCCUUGAUAGAGGUCUAUUGGCCAUUGGAAAUUUACUAUUCCUUGCAGGUAUUGCAUUGGGUCUAGGCUUUGGUAGAACUUACACAUUCUUCUUCCAAAAGAAGAAGAUCAAGGGAACCAUUUGUUUCUUCUUGGGCAUUCUCCUGGUCAUCAUGGGCAGGACCAUCGUUGGUCUGGCCAUCGAAGGAUUCGGUUUCAUCAAUCUGUUUGGUGAUGCCUUCCCAAUUGUAAUCGCCAUUCUUAGGAAGCUGCCAAUCAUUGGAAGCAUUCUGAAUCAUCCAGCAGUGAACAGGUUCCUUAACAAGACGGACGCAGGUAGUGAGCUGCCGUUCUGA